UUCUUCCGGUAUUUUUACAAUGUAUACGUAUUCUUAAAUUUGCGUUGAACGCAAACAAAUUUGCCUGCCAAAUAGACGUCCAUAUAUGCCGUUUACAUAAAUAUGAAAAAUCUAUAUUUUAUUGAAAAAAAGUCUAGGAAAGCAUAGAGACAAAUUAAAUGUAGUAGGAAAAGUAAAUGCUUAGGAUUAUAACUCGUCGAAUAUGCUGACUGUAUAUCAGUUAGAGGAAAAGAGAAGUGAGAGGGGAGGCUGAGAAUUGAAUCGUGACUUCAUGACUGCACUUAGCUUUGACAGCGAAUGACGUACGACGAAUGGGGUUAGGUACAACUGAAAAGGCCGAUGAUUUUUGCUGGGUCGUCGUACGUAAUCCUAUUUGGUUAUAAAUGAAAAUACAAUAAAAUUGGCUAGUGGAGUCAACCUUACGUCAUCUUGACAACGUAGCGCACCGUGUGCAGCUCGUGUUAACUAACCAACAAAGCGCCUGCCAGUCAUGGAUCGAACAAAACUCGGGGAAGGAGUGAAAUAUAUCAAUUAAGUUCGGCAUUGUUAGCAUUAUUAAUUUUGAAAAUUGAUUUAUUAUGGACUUUUUAACACCGCCCAAUUUAAAUACCGAUGUUUAUAGAAACAUGACAAUAACAGAUAGACCACCUCUUUUGAAUAAACACUUGCAGUUUAUCAAUAUAUAUAAUGAAAAAAGUGCUAUUCUUGGAGCAAGUAACCUUGCAGAUCGCUAUUGGAAUGGUGCUGUCUGGUAUUACAAUGAUAUUAAAGAGUUUGAUAGGGAUAAAGCCUUCCUCCAUGUAAAAACAGAGAGUGGUGUUUGCGAUGGUAUUUUCUUACAACACGAUAAAUUUGUAAUUGGCCAAGAUAGCGGAACCUUGCAAGUUUUUGAUCUAUCUAAAAAGUCUAAUAAUUCAAAAGAAUUGCAAUGUGCAGGAUAUGCUACUUUACAUGAUGAUUGUCUAUUAACUUUGUCUGCAUUUGAUGAUAAGAAUCAUAUAGUUUCAGGAGGAAUGGAUUGUUGUAUAAAAGUAUGGGACAUAUCAGAGUUAAUAGCAACAUAUUCAUUUAACUUUGCUCAUACAGAUUUAAUCACUUGUGUCGAUGUUAAACCUGGAAGUAACACAGAAUUUGUGUCAACAUCGUAUGAUUGUGAAGCAUUAAUGUGGGAUGUAAGGCUAACAAAACCAGCACAAAGUAUUCUGAAGAAAAAUGUUGGUUUAACAGCAAUAUGUUGGAGCCCCAAUAAACCAAAUAUUGUAGCCAUUGGUACUGAUGGUGGAGAGGUUGUAAUAGUUGAUACCAGAAAGGGAGGUGUAAAACUAUUAUCAAAAUCAAUUGCAUCUUUUAGACCAGUACAUAGACUCGUAUUUAAUCCAGAUUCAGGAAGGGUGGAAGAGUUAGCAGUAUGCUCUGAUGAUGUUUUAAUAGAAGUGUGUGAUGUAAACAAUCGACUUUCAGUAGUAUACAAAGAUAAUCGUCACACUGACUUCGUACGUGGUCUUACAUGGUUUGAUCGCCAUUUAUAUUCUUGCUCUUGGGAUAAUGUAGUGUUAAAACAUACAACAAAGUCUCAAAACAAUGUAUAACUUAUUAAUAUGUCUAUGAUUUAAAUUGUUUCACCUCAUAUACUACUUUUGCGUUUCUAUACAUAAAAAUAGAUUUUUAGACUGGUGUA